GAUUGCCUGCUCUGUGACCAGCCUUCUCCAGGAUUGCAAGUGGCGUUCGGGACCAGUUUCCUGGGACAGUCGGCCUUUCAGUUCGGAAGGCUUCUGUCUCCUGGGUUCUGCUGAUAACCGACGGACCUUCGAGCUGCGCGGCAGCAGCAACGCCCUCGGACCAGCAGAAGUUCCACCAGACCCCUCUUCGAUGUCCCCGUUUUAUGCCUGUGUCCUUCAGAGUCCCCCAUGAUUUAAGGUAUAUUGCUAAGGCACUGUUUUCUCCCACCGAAUGCGACCUCUGGGAGAUUCAUUGGAAAAAACUGUUGAAACCACUCCUGCGCAAGUAUGAUCUCGCAGAGGAGGUGGGAGAGGGGGAUGAGGCAAUGGAAGCCCUUGCUGGAGAAGGGGAGUUCAGCAGUCCGGAGGACCAAAUUCUACUAGCACAGGAGCUGCUUCAGGACAUAGCAGCAGCGGGAAAGGAGGCACUCCUGAAGAUACCGGAUGCGACAAGGGUACCAGCCAGCGGGAAACUGGCGGCGAAGUGCGAGGAAGGGCUGCGCGACGACACCAAGUGGCCCUUCUCAGCAUCCCAGCCUCCCGACCAUCAGGGAGGACGAGUGGCCGCGCGGCCAAGUCCAGCAGUUCAGCGCAGCCACGAGGACGGACUCCGCCUCUUCCGCCGGACAGGUACCCUAAAUCAGGGCAAUCAUCAGGUCCUCCGCAGCAGCGUCACCAUCUCUCUCCAGGAUGAGGACCUGACGAGAAUUCCUGCUGGGUUCCUGGGCCCCCUCCACGACUGUCGGGACACCACCGUGCUCAUCUUAGAAGACUCCUUCAACACGCCGAAUGAAAUCACCAUCUUACCUGAGGUAGUGUGUUUUCCACCAGGAGAGGAGAUCACCGUCUCCGUCAUUUGUAACCACCCACCAUUUACUUUAAGGAAAGGCGAUCCUUUUGCUUUGCUUUACGUACUGGACACCCACGAUGACCCGGACACAGAGAGACAUGUUUUCUUCACCCAAAAUGUAUGUAAAGAAAGACCAUUAAUUGAUGCCAAACUUUCUUUCCAGGGAAAGUCGGUGCAGAUGCGGCUCAUGGCAGACACAGGAGCUGACGUGACCAUCAUCCCCCAGACUUUUGUAGCGCAGAUUUUAUCACCUGUGCGUCGGCUUUUCCCUGAGGCCAUCAUCCUGCAUGACAUGGAUGAUGUGCUAGUUUGUGCUUCCGACUCGACAUACCUAAAGGCAACACUGGACAAGACUAUUAAGGCUAUCAAAGCUGCAGGGCUCCAGAUAGCAGAAGAGAAGAUCCAAUUCUCAGCACCAUGGAGGUACCUCGGAUUCCUCAUCACGGGAAGGACAGUGACGCCACAGACACUGACCAUCAACAAGGAUCCGAAGACUCUGCGAGACCUUCAGCAGCUGUGCGGAACGAUCACCUGGAUCCGCCCCCUCCUGGGACUGACGACUGAGGAGCUGUCACCUCUCUUCUGUCUGCUUCGAGGCGACGGAGACCUCGCCUCACCACGCGAGCUGACACCUGCCGCGCGGGAAGCCCUGCAACGGGUUGCUGUUGCUCUGAAGUCUCGCCAGGCACACCGCGUGGUCCGGACCCUUCCCGUGAACUUCGCGGUGUUGGGUAAGUGCCCCCACCUCCAUGGACUUCUCUUCCAGUGGGAUAACAGAGCAUCUGAUCCCCUGGUCAUCUUAGAGUGGCUCUUCCUACCACACCAGCCCUCUAGGACGAUCACGACCCCUGCAGAAUUGCUAGCCACUUUAAUAAUGAAGGCACGACACCGCCUCUGA